CUACUACUACUACUACUACUACUACUACUACUACUAUUACUACUAUUACUACUACUACUACUACUACUACUACUACUACUCGUAACUCAUGUAUACAGUUAAGUAUGCGCGACGGCUAAACGCGAAGCGAUACGGUAGAUUUAGUUUUCUUUCUUGCUGAGCGCGCGAGCGAUCGCGCGCUUCUCAGUGGGCGGUGCUUGCGAUCGAUUUCCAAAAAUUAUGACGAAGUCUCGAUCCAGCAAAUGGUGGAACUUGCAAGCAUCUCUCCGAGGGGCAAGUCCCGCCGUCGAAAUUUCCCGGAUCAUACGAGGGUGUGAGAACAAUUCCCUGCAUGCGAAAAUAUGACUGUAACUCGUAUUACAAGUAAAGCACUGUGAUAUCGAUAUAUUGGACAUCGAUAUAUUAAGACAUAAAUUUAAAAAUAUAUUUGAAGAAAAUACGUGUAAUACGAUGAAAAUGUAAUACAAUGCGUUAUUUUUUAAAUAAUUACGUUUUUUAUUUAGUAGACAAAUAUUUCAUUCGUCUGCAGGCAUAUCAUUGAGGUUUUACAAUUUUAAUCUAUAAAAUUCUUGCUUUUCGACAGAUUUUUUGUUUUUUAAAAGAUAUCAAACAAUGUAGUUUUUGAAAUUUAGAAAAUACCUUUUGUAUUCUAUGCAUUGCAGAUUUUUUGGAAAAAUUUACAGAAAUGUUUAUGUAGUAAAAUACAUAAAAGUAUACACAAAAGGCACAUUGCUCUAUAUUAUAUGAAAUUUUGUAAGAUUUUAAAGUUAAAUUCAUUAGCUAUAUGUAAUAUGAGUUACAAUCCUUACAUCCUCUAAUUCAAACGGAGGAUUCCUUGUAGACAAUAAUUCACAUCCAGGAAGUACUAUAAUACUUUAAAUUUCUAAUAAAAUGAUUUCUCUUCAUUUUUAAAAUUUAAUCCGUCUUUAAUUUUCGAGUAUGUUUUGAAUUGAUUUCUUAAAUAAAAACAGAAUAAGUAGUCUAUUUUUUGUAAAUAGGCAUUGAUAAAGAAAUUUCUAAUUCAAUCGCGGGAAAAUAUUUCGUAUCAUUUUCUCACAAAUCGUGCAUGAAAGAAUCUUAACUUCCUGGAUUGUAUCAACUCCACAGCUCGGAGUCAUAUCGUAGGCCAGAAGGACUCGUCUUCCGUCCAAGUGCAAUAACUAUUGAUAAUCUAUCCUUUCGGUCCCGCGCUAUUAUACUUGACGCAAUCCAUAUGGUUUUCUGGAGACCAACGGUGAUCGCGUUUUGUCUCAGACUUCGUUCAAUCGAUCGACAGCAGCCGCAUGCUGAUACGUAUCAUAUAGUAAGCGAACAAAAGAUUAAAGCAUCAGAGAGAAAAAAAUAGAAAAAUAUUGAAAAGAUGAAGAAGAGAGAUUCCAGUGAGAGAACGGGAGAAAAGGAGAAAAAGAGGAAAAGUGUGAGAAUGAAAUGAAUUUGAUCGAGAAUAUCGGCACUUGCGUGAUCAUCAGACAUUGACAGAAGAGACGAUGAUUGUAGAUCUUGAUUGACGUGGAUUAUGGGGUAUAACAUGUAGAAACGCGGACGAGCGUGAUGUUAUUUGUCAAUGUUUAACCUUAAUGAAUGCAUUUUGGUCAAUGAUGAUUACGAUGACAUUACAUAGCAGUUGAAGAGAGCGGUGACAUGGUAGACGAUAGAGUUAAUCGAUAAACACAGUUAUGGAUCAAUGAUACAUAACGUAGCUAUAGAUAAUUGAUAAUACUACUGCCUCACGAGGCCUUGAUGAAUGACGGCGGUCAUGAGAAAAAUGAUCAGGGAGUAGAUGAGGAUUGAUUUAUAAAAGCGAUAUAUAGACCGAAAUAAGUCGAAACGAGUCUCGCAAGAGUAACGCCAACGGGCCGCCGUCAUCGACGGAGAUUACUAGAUUAUUAGGUAUGUAAGAAUACUAUUAAGUAGGUCGUAGCUCUUAACGACUCUUUUUUCUAUGUUUUUUCUAAGAGGAAAGGAAGGGAGCGCGCUUAGGGCGUUUUUCUUCUCCCACGAGAAUCUGUGGUCGCGCUGAUCCGAAAAGAUGCCUGAAAAGUAAAUGGGAAGGAAGAGAAAUAUAUAAUAAAAGAAAUUUAUUAAAAAUGAAGAUAACAAUGUUGACAGGAAGAAUUGUGAGCAGUAACGAAAGUGAUAAUUAUAGUGAUAAAAUCAAGGAUUUUUGAUAAAGAGAUAAAGGGGUUUUGAUAAAACCGGAAACGUGAAAAGAGAAGGAGUGAGAAGGGUGAUCGAAGGUAAACUUGGAGGAAAUGCAGAUAGCGACACGAAGAAUAUUUCUGUGCGAAAUCGUUCUUAUCGUUCAGCUAAGAAAGAAAAUUCUUUUCAACGAGACGAUUAAAUCGGCGGUCUAGAAACGUAUAUAUAGUCACGGAUUAUAUCAAAAUUUUAUUUUCAUAAAAGACCUUAUGUGCCUUCUUAUCACAAACAAAUUUUAUAGCAAACAUACUGUAUCUUUCACUGAAAUCGUUUUUCUUACUUAGCGAACCUCAAUUUUGGAUUGUUAGAUAAAAUGAACAAAAUGUUAAUAAAUAUUAAUGAAUGUAAAAUCAUUACAAAGUCCGAAGGGAAAUUAAGAUGUUUGUCAAAUUUUUUGUUUUGAUCAAUUUUUAUUUCAAGAUAUAUAUACAUAUAUGUAUAUAAAAUUUUGUAAACUGCAACAAUCAUUUAACAAAGAAAUUUUUAGCAAUCUUUCAAAACUUAUAUUGAAAGGUUUCUUGCAUUUCUUCCAUUUUGUUUUCUUAUCUAAAAGAAUAAUGCUAUAUGUGGUCGUAGAGUUUCAAAAAGAAAUCCUGAUUUCAUUAUAGGCUCUCUAUAUGUCUUCCCUCGCUAAUUCGGUUUUUAAUUUAAUUUGAACUUAAAUGAACAUAAUUAUUACAUAUUACGUAUUAAUGAGUAGAAUAGAAAGAGAACGAUAUAAAUAGAGAACGUAAUGAUUGAAAUACUCUUCCUUCGUUAUAUUCUUUCAGGCUAUUUGACUCGUUUUCUGUUUGUUCGAUAUGCACGCACUUACGACAGUUUGCGCACUCUUGCUUAGCUCUGUUCAAUUCGAAUGAAAAAGAAGAUAAAGAAACUGACGAACGACAACGAUGACGACGACGUGAAAGAAGAACUUGAGAUCUUGAAUGUCUUUUUUGUUGGCAUGGCCCGCGCCGUUGUAAAGAGUAUAGCAAUUACGCACGCGGUUCCUCCGACAGGGGUACCGCGUGCGGCUAGCCCAUGGAACGUAAGACUAAUCAUGCCGUCGACCGGUCUGCUUAUGUGUUUUGCAGUUUUCUUCACUGGCCUUGGCUGGAGCGGCGAUGGUCCGCGGCGGGCUUCGAGGAGUGCGAACACCGCGACGACAACGUCGUCGUCGUCGGCGACGGUGGCAGCGAGUGAUGUGCCCGCACCGCUGACGCCGCAACGUCGUCCACGACUGCAUUGUCCGUCGCGGCAUGCGUCCAGCCGCAACAACAAUCAUCCAAGCAUCAGUAGCAGCAGCGGUAGCGGCGGCAGCGGCCUGACGCAUCAUCACGACCGCCGUCAUAACUGUUCGAGAUGCGGUAAGAGUUAUAAGAAUGCGUACAUCCUGAAGCGUCACUUGUUAUACGAAUGCGGCAAAGCGCCGUCCUUCAGCUGCCCACACUGCGCCUUCAGCUCCAAAUAUGAGCGCAACCUGAAGGCGCACAUCAACCAUCGCCAUGUCGAUUUGCACCCAACGUUGCCCGGCAUUGUCGUCGGGCAGCGGGAGACACGUCAUCAGCACGGCAGGGAGUGACUCGUCAUGGUUUGCGGAGUUGCAAUGUAAAAGUCAGUAACAGUAACUGGAUAUUUUUGCGAGGUAACUUCGAAUCGAGUCUUGUGGAUCGUGAAUCGUCGGAAUCAUGUUGCUGGGCUGAGAAUUUACGCCAAAUCAGAGUGCCAAACUUGAGUCACGCUUAGAGAUUGUCAUUUAAAUAUUUACAAGGUAAAUAUACGUGAAAAGUUCGUGAUACUUGGGAUGUGUAGCGCAAAGGAUGACAAGUUUUUCAUGUGAAUACUUACAUGAUACACUACAUUUUAAUAUAGUGUAUCUGUAUUAUGCAUCAAUGCUUUGAAACAUUUUAGUCCCUGGUGGGUUCAGGAACGCUGACUUUGUUAUAAGAUUUGUGCAGCAAAGCACUGGUAGAAUAUGAUUUGCAAAUUUCGUUAAUCGUUUUCACAGAUGAACAUUCAUCGAUAAAUUUAAAUAUUAAUGCUUCAAUUUACAACAUGCAAUUAUUUUUUACGCAAUAUAAAUCAUUAAUACAAGAGUUUUGAUUUUAGACAGUUAAUAUAUGAAAAGAUUAUCUAGAAAAGUAGAUAAUUUCUUAUUCAGAAUUUUCAUUUAUUGUCUAUGCUAUUGUACGAUUUCACGUUGUUAUAAUACGCAGAUAUAAGAUCGUACGAUAUUGUAAGAUGGAUUAAGUUUUCGUAAGCAUAUUAAUUAAGUUUCUAUUAAAGCAACUCAAAAUACGACGCAAUUUGCGUUCUCACGGCCAAAGCAAAUACCAAAGUAAUUGUUUAAGUUCCUUUAAAUUAUGCUCUCUUUUUCUUUCUUCCGUUUCCUAUUUGAUCGAGUUAUUUUAUUGCCUCAGUUUAUUUAUUAUUUAUAAUAGUGAUUUUGUUCUUUGUAUGAUAUUGCCUGACAAAUAGUUUGAAAAGAAAAAAAGAUAUUUAAGAAACAUGUAACACAAAAAUAUGUUUUUCUCUAGCAUUGAAACGUUAGUGAUGUGCAUAAGACAAUAUGUAUUUCAGCCGCUAAAUAUUAGGAUUUUAAAAAUUCUCUCGAUUAAUGUUGAUUUCACAGAAUUUCGGUAAGAUUUAUACUUACCGCUUACAUGAUAUUAGAAAAAAAGGGAAAAAAACGAACGUUUUAACUAAGCAAAUAAUAAAGUAAACGUUAAGAAAAGCAUUAGCAAUCCACCAUUGUGGGGUGUGAAGCUAGCACUUGUUGGAUCCCGUUUAACAGUAUAUAAAUGGAUAAGAAGUCGAAUAAGAACAUUGUUGAAUAUUUCAGACUUGUAGAAGUUACCAAAAAAGUGUGAUCAGAUUGCAUUGUUUUAUCAGUUGAAUUUUUCUUAACAGUUGUUCUCAGAUUGCUAUAAUCUGAAUAUCUGUUGCUUUUACGGAAUUGAUCUAUAUUUUAAAAAACAUCUCAUAUACUGUUCACUUUUUUCACAGCAUACAAAACAACAAUUUUGAAAAUAUUCUGUUAAAAAAAAAGAACACUUUUUUGGAACAUCUUCGAGUCUUUUGCAGAUUAUUAAAUUGCCCAAUUAUUUUUAUACUACUUGUAUUUAUAAUUGAGAUGUGAGAAUCGCUCUAAUAAGAACUCUGAGCGGUAGAUUCCAUUUUGAUGAUGAUAAGGGCGAUAUUCUCAACGCAACGAAAUACCCCCAACACACAUAGAUUACUGAUACUAGCUCUCUAGUGCAGCCUAGCUUAAGGAAUAUUUAUCAAAUCUAGUCAGAUCAGUCUGCAUGUGUCUUUUCAUUGUCCUUACACGAUGAAAUUUCAAUAAUUUACGAACGAAGAAUAAUCUGAGCAGUAUCAAUAGUUAUUAAAUUCAUACACAUGACGUCAUAUUAGUUUUUGUGAUCUCCUAAGUUUAAUUGAUUUGUACAAAACCGCACAGUAACCUUGAAGAUAAAUCUUCAAAUAAUGAACAAAUAAUUGUUUAAAUUUUUCUGAAAUUCUUGUCGCAAGGUCAAAUUUGAAUACUAUUUUCAUAGUAAAAAAUGUGAUAAUUAAACUACACUUGAUUCCGAUUGUAAAAGUCACAAUUAAAAUAGCUGUACUUGUACAGAUACAUUGCAUGUCAUAAUUCUGCAAACAAAUCAAUUUCUAGGUGAAUUUUUUGGUCACUGUUUAAUAAUUUUUAAUGGAACAAUGCAAACAUAUAAUUGUUGAUUUAAUACAAGGAUGAAUCUACAUUUUAGAAAGAUCUUUUCAUUUGAAUUAAAAUCGUCUAGUCUAAAGAAUGGCCUAAAAUAUAAUAGGUCAUAACUUAUUUUUCAUUAUAAGACAUCCGAAA